AUGGCUCCUAAACCGGCUGUGCGCCAGCCUCUGAAACUACUCAUGCUGCACGGCUACACGCAAUCGGGAAGCCUCUUCCACGCCAAAAGCCGUGCCCUAAUUAAACAUCUCCAGAAAGCCUUUCCAACACACGAUGUCACGGCAAGCUACCCAACCGGCCCGAUUCGUCUCAAACCAAGUGAUAUCCCAGGCUAUGAGCCCUCCGACACUGCCGACUCUGAAGACUCAAUCGAAGCAUACGGCUGGUGGCGCCGAUCCAACACCGCAAACCCACCUCUCUACACAGGGAUUGAAGAAGGUCUCGCCAGCGUCGCGAAGGUUCUGAAAGAGGAAGGGCCAUUCGAUGGAGUGAUCGGCUUUUCACAAGGCGCUGCGUUAGCCGGCAUGGUAGCCGCGCUCCUGGAGCCAGGGCGGAAAGAAGCGUUUGCGCACUUCGUCACGCAGAAGGGCCAGGAUAUCGGGCUCCCGUUCCCUGCUCAGUUCGGGAUGCCUGAUUUCUCGCAUCCCCAAUUGAAGUUUGCUAUCUGUUAUAGUGGAUUUCGAGCGCCCGGGGAGAGGUAUCGCGCCUUCUAUGAGAACCCUAGUAUCCAGACGCCUUUACUUCAUGUACUUGGGACUUUGGAUGCCGUUGUUGAUGACUCGAGGAGUCGCGCCUUGAUUGAUGCUUGUGUGGGGAACCCGGAGCAAGAUGGAUCCGUCGUUUGGCACCCUGGUGGUCACUUUUUGCCGAGUCAGCGACCUUAUCUGGAUGCUGCUGUGCAGUUCAUUCGGAAGCAGUUGGAGAAUACCAAUGGGGUAGCUAAGGAGCAGGAAGAGGAUGUGAACAAUAUGGAUGUUCCAUUUUGA